CUGCCCGCCGCCCUGCACCUCCUCCAGCUGGGCUUCCUCUUCAGGUGCCUCUAUGCCCUGAAGGUGGGCUGGAAGGUGUGCUGGGCAAAGGCGGCCGAGGAGGAGGAGCGGAGCCUGAUGGCCUUCCUCUCCCAUGACAUCAGCAUGCUGCGCCUCUUCGAGACCUUCCUGGAGAACACCCCGCAGCUCACCCUGCUCCUCUACAUCAUCCUGCGGACAAACAAGGCAGAUCCUUCCCAAGGCCUGGGGAUCUGCACUGCAUUCCUGUGUGUGACGUGGUCUCUGCUGGACUAUCACCAGUCCCUGCGCUCCUUCUUGCAGGACAAGUAUGUGCUGAGCCUGGGCUCCUCCAUUGUCUACUUCCUCUGGAACCUCUUCCUCAUCUGCCCUCGGAUCCUUGCUGUUGCCCUCUUUGCCCUGCGCUGGCCCUACGGCGUGGCUGUGCACUUCCCGCUGGUGUGGCUGGCCAUGUUCCUCUGGGUCAGCCUGCAGGGCACGGACUUCAUGGAGUCCCCUGGCCCUGAGCAGCUCUACCGGGCCAUGGUGGCCGUCAUCCUUUACUUCAGCUGGUUCAACGUGGCACAGGGGAGGACCCUGCACCGCAGCAUCAUCUAUCACAGCUUUAUCCUGGUGGACAGCUCGCUGCUGGCCCUGUCCUGGCUCUGCGGCCCCUUCCCCUCUGAUGAGCAUUGGUACCUUGUGCCCGUGGUCUCUGCUGCCCUGCCCUGCUACCUGCUGGGGCUGGUGCUGAGGGUCACCUACUACCAGUGGCUGCACCCCAACGUGCGGGAGCAGCAGGAAGGCGGGUGUGACGAGGUGGAUGCCAGGGAGGGGAGGCGGCUGCAGUGCCUGGCCCGGGCCCAGCUCCCCUGGCCACUGGGGCAGCACCUCCUGAACGGGGUGGCUGCUGAGGCUGCUGUCUGA